GAGGAUUAGCUUCCUUCUAUAUAAUAUGUUUUCCAUAUCAACCUCCGACUUGUAACCAAACACCUCCUUUCCCUGUCUUCCUCCUCUGUACCCGCAAGCCACAACUGUAACUCCCCAAACCCACUUCCACAGUCCAGACCCAGGAAUGGAAGAACCAAACCCAGCUCAAACCAACCCAACCCCACCUCCAAACGCUCCCCAAAACCUCCCUCCUCCACCUCCUCAGCCUCCUACUUCUCUCCCUCAAAAGACCAAGAAGAGGUCACUCGACAGUAAUGUCAGCAUCCAAAACUCUAAGUACUUCAAGACGAGAGCUGUUGUUAAAGAUCUUCGUCCUCAUUUCAUUGAGGUUCUCCGUUCCCCUGACUUUCGGAAUUGCAAGGCAGCCAAUGAAAUUCGAGAACAGCUGAAGGUUCUGAUGGAUCUAUACAAACAGAUGACAGCAGAAACAGUCUCCAUAGGGAAGUGUAAAAAUGUGCCAGAAGCUCAGCCAACAUUAAGUGAAAACAAGGAUGGACAAAAGCCCCAUGAGCGACACCAAGAUGUUAAGCAGGCAGAGCAGUCAGUACCAGACUGCGCAUUUGCAAAACCAUCUGAAGAUAUGCCUUUUCCAACAGCAAAUCUCUCUGAGAAGCAACGACCUGAAGAUGGCUGGGCUCAGGGAACAUAUGUUGUAGGAGGAUCGGCUUUCGGCUGGAAUUUCAUCACAUUCCCUGGCAGCAAACCUGCUUACUAUGGUGUUACAAAAGAGACUUUUCGAGCUGCUGCAAAGUAACUCCUCUUUCUUCCCUCAGCACUGUGGCCUGACCAAAAGUGAAUUCACAUUCUGCUAAUUCUCCCUCUCCGUCCCUCCCCACCAGCCUGAUUGAAGAUGAUGAUAAUGCAGCUGGCUUUCAUAGAGACCAUUUACUUUAGACUCAUUUCUAUUAGUCUGAUAUUUAUCUUGCUUGAAAAAAGAGUUGAACGAAAUGGGGGAUUGAAAUGUGUACAUGCCUUUGGAUGACAAUACAUGGUAUUCCUGUUGUAGUAUUUUAAGAGUGUUGAAAAAUGGAUCUUGCUUUUUGUUU